AUGGCAGCGGAGACUGAGACGCCCGCCGAUACCCCCGUGGAGCGCCCCACGCGGAAAGAGAAAGUGGUCUGCCAGCAAUUCCGACCCUCCAGGUGCUUCUUGCGCUUCCAGCUGGUCUUUGGCUCGCCGCCGGCGGACCCAACGACUGCGCCGAUGUUUCAAGUCGCCGUGAAUGAGGCACUCUCGACCUCCUUUGGAAGUAUGGGCUCUGGCCUCCUUCAAUGGUCGCUGAUCUCCUUCAAUGAGUCGGGCCUGGGCAUCCUCCGCGUUCGCGCCGAGCAGAUGCCUUCACUGCGCUUUGGGCUCACGAUGAUGACUCGCUGCAGUGGCAAGCGCUGCCGCGUCGAUGUGCUCGCAGUGGCACCUUCCCUUGCGGCGCUGGCCUGUGAGAGAUGA